GUAUUUUGUAUAACUUCUACACGAGUCGACAACUUAAAAAAAAAACACACACACAAUUUUUGUAUUCAACUUUUGAUCUCUUCAUCUUAACCAAAAAGACAAGAAAAAUCACAACGCGAGUUCAAAACGCAAAAAAAACGGUAUCCCUCAUCCUCACAUAUAUGUGUGUAUAUUAUAUAUAUAUAUGUAUCGUAUCCGUAUAUAUAUGUAUAUAUAUAUGUGAUUAGAUGUCUGUGAUCUGUGAAGUACUCAAAUUCAAAACGCGUAAUUCUCGAAGUGGAAAAUCGUUUUCAAAUUUUUAAGUCGCCGCAGCAACUCGAAGCCUCGUUUUACGUUUCCGAUUUUAAAUCCGAUUUCGAUUCCGAUGUGAUUGUGAACUGAUGUCUGAAGGACUAAAAGAGAGAACUCUAAUCAAGCGAACAUAAACUGUGUGCCUUCAAUUUGGAUUUUACAUUUGAAUUUGUUCAAAAAUUUCGUGAACUUUUCAAUCGGAUCGAAAGGAUAAUCAUAUAUUUCAAUUUGGAUUCGUGUUUUAAGAAGUUUUCUUUUCCUUUUUUUGUGUUUGUUGAGUGUGUGUAUGUGUGUGUUUUUACUGGUCUAUAUCCAUAUAUAUAUAUAUAUUGAAAUUGUAAGUUGGAUGUUCAGUCAGUCAAUUCAUAUAUGUGCCAUCCAUACAUCAUCCAUAGCUCAAGCCAAAUAAAGAGUGUCCUCAACCCCGUUACCUGGCCAAAGCUGCAACUGGCCCCAAUCCUUCAGAGUCGAGUCAGGCAGGCGCCAUACCAAUUCGAGGUGUUGGAGCGGCCACAAACUGGCGCCCGCUCAGAACGAAGUUAAGCGGCGUCACGACGCGCAAAAGGUUGCCGGAUUUGUUGACAACAUCAUUGCCAUUCCAGAGCUGGAGGUGGAAAAGCGAAAAGCUCGUCGCAUCCAACGGCAUCAGCAGCAGCAGCUGCAGCCGCCGUCAACAGAGCAAGACGAAGAAGAGACGGAGAGACAACAACCGCAACCGCAACAACAACAGCAACAACAGCAGCAGCAGGUGCAACGGCAUUUGAUCAAAGACAAAAUUAAAGAGAGAGAGAAGCCCAAGGAGAAGGAACGGGAGUGGGAGCGUGAAAAGCAGCGUGAGAAAGAGAGAGAAAAGGAUAAGGACAAGGAGAAGGAGAAGGAGAGGCUAAUGGCGGAACGUCAGGCGAACGCACAAGAGCGACGCAUUCAUGAGUUGGACCAGAAUGUUGAGCGUUAUUUUGAAGUGCGCAAGCGCUUGGGCAAAGGCGCCUACGGCAUCGUGUGGAAGGCAACGGACAAACGUAAAAAAGACACCGUCGCAUUGAAGAAGAUCUACGAUGCGUUUCGCGAUGAAACCGACGCACAGCGAACCUAUCGCGAAGUGGUUUUUCUGCGCGCAUUUCGCCAUCAUCCCAAUAUUAUUCGCAUGCUCGACAUUUUCAAGGCUGCCAAUAAUUUAGAUUUUUAUUUGGUGUUUGAGUUCAUGGACAGCGAUCUGCACAAUGUGAUCAAAAAGGGCGAUGUGCUCAAGGACAUACACAAACGCUUUGUCAUGUAUCAACUGAUCAAUGCCAUCAAAUACAUGCACUCGGGCAAUGUUAUACACAGGGAUCUCAAGCCCAGCAACAUACUGAUCGAUAGCAAGUGCAGACUUAAAGUGGCGGACUUUGGCUUGGCACGCACUCUGUGCCCCAAGCGACGCAACAAUUCCGCCUAUGACUCCAAGGACGAGCUGGAGAACGAGGCAAUACUCACGGAUUAUGUGGCGACACGCUGGUAUCGUGCACCCGAAAUUCUAGUCGCCAGUCGCAAAUAUACAAAGGGCAUUGAUAUGUGGAGUCUGGGCUGCAUACUGGGCGAGAUGAUACGCCAGAAGCCGCUCUUUCAGGGCACCAGCACCAUCAAUCAGAUCGAGAAAAUUGUCAACGCAUUGCCGGAUGUUACAGAUCGAGAUAUCGAAUCGAUCGGCUCCAGCUUCGGAUCAGUGCUGCUUAGCAAAAAGAUAGUGCGUGAUCGACGCUAUUCGUUGGACGAAAUGCUGCGCAAUUGCUGUGACGAUGCAAUGUCGCUGGUCAAAUCGCUGCUGGUCCUCGAUCCCGAUGGACGUCUAACGGCCAAGGAGGCUAUUGGCCACUCGUAUGUGCAUCGCUUUCGCACCGCGUCUGCGAACAUGGAGAUGCGCACCGACAUCAAGCCACCGCUGGACGAUGAUGUGCGCUACGGCAUCAACGACUAUCGCACCACAUUGUACGAGAUGAUUGCUCCCGAGAUACGAUCAAGUGCGCGUCACAAGGAAGCUGCCUCACAGGUGGCAACGCCAACAAGUGCCUCAGAUAUGAUCACCACACGUCCCAUGCGAUCGAUAUCGAAAUCAAAACAAUCCGGAAGCAAUUUAAACGAUGCCAGCAGCGUUUGCACCAAGGCCUGGGUGGAAGAUCAGCGAAAGCAGCAGCAACAGCAUCGUGAUAAACGCGUUCCACAAAGCAGCGAGAACAAUCAACAACAGCAACCACAACAGCAGUCUCAGCAACAGCCACAGCAACCACAACAAACACAACAGCAACCACAACCACAACAACAGCAACCACAUCAAGCGACACGUCCUGGCAGCUGUUUCAAUGCGGAAGCCGGAUCGGGAGCUUUGCGUCGCGAACUUGCCGCCGUUGUGGCAACAGCGCCGCGAACUGUCAGCGGCGGAAUUUGGCAAUCAACAGUUGUGGCAGCACAACCACCAAAGUUGCAACCAAGUCCAGGGCAACAACAACAACAGCAACAGCGACGCUGGAGCGAACCUGUGCCGGUGCCUGGACCGCUGCCGAUGCCAGUGACUGCUCCUGAGGUGGACACAACAGCAGGGACAACGCAGUUGCGUACACGCGUCCGCAAGUUGCGCAAAGAUUGCAAGGAGCGACGUCAAACGAAGCCGAAGGAAGAACAGCAGCAACAGCAGCAGCAGCAAUUGAAGCAACAACCACGUGCCAAGCAGGAAGUUAAAGCACAGUUGCAGGAGCAGCGACUGAUCAGCGAUCACAAAACUGUCGACUUGGCGCUGGCCAUCGAACGUCUCAAGAUCGAGCAUCAUGAGUUGCAACAGAAACGUCACAAGAUCCUCGAGCAAGAGGAGAAGGAGAAGGAGAAGAAGAAGCAGUCGCGAAAAGGACAUCGCAAGCACAGCACAGAUGGCGACACUUAUUACACGCCCAAGGAGUCGGUGCAAGAGGAACCGAAAGUGUUGCACGGUUCGGCGGCAUUUGUGUGCUACAAAUCGCGACUGAGUCGCAUGGAGGAGGACAUGGCCAAGUGUAAGCAGCAGCUGUUUCACUAUGUCCAGGACAAUGAGCAACUGUUGCACGAACAAUCGGUGCGUCAUCAUGUCGAGCAAUUGCUGCACUCCACAUCAUCCGCAUCGACAACAUCAUCGCCGCUGGCUGGGAUGGCCAAGACAACCAACGAAUUGACAUUGCAGGCAACGCUGAAGCGUGAUCAGAACCAAUUGAAUCUCGGCCAUCUGAAGCUGGAGCGCGAUCGUCAGAAGCAGCUGCAAUUGCGUGAGUUUCUCGCUCGCGACGAUAACAAUGCCAAUGCCUAUGAGUUGCCCAAUCUCAGCAAUGUCUACAAGGUGAGCAGUCGUCAUGCUCAGCUGUUGCCAACAACAGCAUCAGCAGUAACUCAAUCCCAAUCCUCGCCAUUGCCCAACAGCAUGAUGAACGACACUCUGAAGACUUUUGUCCAUCGGGUAGACAGCACGUUGAUCAAUUCGAGAGCGCAGAGGAAUCGACAACCGAUUGUUGCCACCAACAACAUUUAUUCCUGCUAUUUCCCAGAGAACAAAUCCGAAGUUUCAGCCCACAAUCGAGUCCAACAACAACAACAACAACAACCUUAUGAACGUAUUCGCAUUCAGGAGGCGAAUUUCUAUAAGGACUUUGAGAUGGCCAACUUUGAUGAGUCGGCUCACAUUUGCCGCAAGUAGCAAUUUAAUUUAAGCAUAUGUUAAACAAUUGCCGAACAACAUGUUU